UUAUGUCGGAGGCGCGCACACACAGUGAGGGGGGGGGAGGAAAACACCCUAAUGAAGCGCGGAUGUGGAAUUUGUGCUGUCUCUGUCAAAUUUGGAUAUCAUCGUCGGCACAUCAAUGCCUGCUGUUGUUGCUGUUGUACACGGUGGGACGGACGGAUGAUGCCUUGUGGAUCCGCGGGAUGAUGUCAUGUACCGUUGCACCCCACGUGGGGGCCGUCGCUCUCCGAUAGGCAGAUGUGGCCGUAUUCCUUCCGAGUAAUGCGAUUGGACAGAUAGGCGCUUUCACGGCAGUUCAGCCCUGCUGCCUGUGUGUGGCAACCGGGGUAAGCUGGACAACUGGGGGAAACGCGAGAUUGUGGAGAGUACCAUGUUACGCUUUUAAAGAAUCUCCAACCUCUUCGAGUCGGAAGACAGAUUUUGGAAGCAUAUUUAUUUAUUUUUUUCUUCUUCUUCUUUGUGGGAUUAACCAGCCGCAGAAGGCGCACAUUCCUCGGAGGUUCGCGGUUGAAGAAUAAAGUAUAGUUUAAUCGAGCCCGACCGCACUAAAAAAUUUUCUCCCAGCCCGGCUGGGUGCGUUCUGGAGAGAGCGAGGGAGAGAGGAUGCUUGACGAAAACUGCGUCCACCAGGCUUACAUUAGGAGGGAUUAAACGCAUGAAUUAUAGCCUGCUCAGUAUUUUCUUCGGGAGCAGAAGUCGGACGGACGCUUCGGACUCACGCACGGGAUUUUCACGACCUCCCUCCCCCCCCUCUCCUCAUCCCCUGCCUCCCCCCUCCCUCACUCCCCUCGGCCCUGUCUGCUGAGACUGGUGUGGCUGUGAGCAAAUUUCACCCGUUUUGCCAAAGGACCUGUACACUGGAGGGAUAAACAAAGGAUACAUUUCAAGAUGUAUCCACAAGGCCGACAUCCGGCUCCACAUCAGCCUGGCCAGCCUGGCUUCAAAUUCACCGUAGCAGAGUCUUGUGACAGGAUUAAAGAUGAAUUUCAAUUCCUCCAAGCCCAGUAUCACAGUCUUAAGGUGGAGUAUGACAAACUGGCCAAUGAGAAGACAGAGAUGCAGCGCCACUAUGUCAUGUAUUACGAGAUGUCCUACGGGCUGAACAUUGAGAUGCACAAGCAGACGGAGAUUGCCAAACGGCUCAACGCAAUUUUAGCUCAAAUUAUGCCUUUCCUGUCACAAGAGCACCAACAGCAGGUUGCUCAGGCAGUAGAGAGGGCUAAGCAGGUGACUAUGACUGAGCUGAAUGCCAUCAUCGGGGUACGUGGACUUCCCAAUCUGCCUCUCACCCAGCAGCAGCUCCAGGCACAGCACCUCUCCCAUGCUGCCCAUGGGCCUCCAGUCCAGUUGCCGCCUCACCCCUCGGGCCUGCAGCCCCCUGGCAUCCCCCCUGUGACGGGCUCCGGAUCAGGGCUGCUGGCGCUAGGAGCUCUGGGGAGCCAAGCCCACCUCCCAGUAAAGGAUGAAAAGAACCACCAUGAUCUCGAACACCGAGAGAGCACGAAUAACUCAAUAUCCCCAUCAGAAAGCUUACGCACAGCCAGUGAGAAGCAUCGCAGCUCCUCAGACUACAGCUUGGAUUCUAAGAAACGCAAAGUGGAGGAGAAGGACAGCAUGAGUAGAUAUGACAGUGACGGAGAGAAAAGCGACGACUUGGUGGUCGAUGUGUCCAAUGAGGAUCCUGCCACUCCAAGGGCAAGCCCAGCCCACUCACCACCUGAAAAUGGUAUUGACAAGCCCCGCCCCCCAAAGAAAGACACACCCAACAGCCCCGCAUCAGUGGCGUCAUCUGGAAGCACCCCUUCCUCCAAGGCUAAGGAGCUCAGUCAUAAUGACAAAUCCUCCACGCCUGGUCUCAAAUCCAACACCCCCACCCCCCGAAACGAUGCCCCCACCCCUGGCACCAGCUCCACUCCUGGGCUCAGACCCAUCCUGGGCAAGCCACCAGGCAUGGAAGCUCUCGCAGCCCCAGCUUUGCGCACACCUCUAUCCAUUGCAGGGUCCUAUCCUACCCCCUUUGCUAUGAUGGGCCAUCAUGAAAUGAACGGAGGCCUGACUAGCCCUGGGGUGUAUGCUGGUCUGCACAUCUCCCCUCAGAUGAGCGCUGCAGCAGCAGCAGCCUAUGGACGCACUCCCAUGGGGUUUGAUCCUCACACCCACAUGAGAGCCCCGGGCCUCCCAGCCAGCCUCACAUCUAUUUCUGGCGGAAAACCAGCGUACUCCUUCCAUGUCAGCGCAGAUGGUCAAAUGCAGCCUGUGCCCUUCCCACCCGACGCCCUCAUUGGUCCCGGUAUUCCACGCCACGCCCGUCAGAUCAACACACUGAGCCAUGGCGAGGUGGUCUGUGCUGUCACCAUUAGCAACCCCACACGUCACGUUUACACUGGUGGCAAAGGCUGUGUCAAAAUCUGGGACAUGAGCCAACCAGGCAGCAAGAGCCCCGUGUCCCAGCUGGACUGUUUGAACAGGGAUAACUACAUCCGCUCCUGUAAGCUACUGCCUGAUGGUCGCACAUUGAUUGUCGGAGGCGAGGCCAGCACACUGACCAUCUGGGAUCUGGCCUCCCAGACACCGCGGAUCAAAGCUGAGCUCACCUCCUCAGCCCCGGCGUGCUACGCCUUGGCCAUCAGCCCUGAUGCCAAAGUCUGCUUCUCGUGCUGCAGUGAUGGAAACAUUGCCGUUUGGGACCUGCAUAACCAGACUCUCGUUAGGCAGUUUCAAGGUCAUACGGAUGGUGCUAGCUGUAUUGACAUAUCCCAUGAUGGCACUAAGCUGUGGACAGGUGGUCUCGAUAACACUGUUCGCUCCUGGGAUUUGAGAGAGGGUCGACAGCUGCAGCAGCACGACUUCACUUCACAGAUCUUUUCUUUGGGCUACUGUCCGACUGGCGAGUGGCUUGCUGUGGGAAUGGAGAGCAGCAACGUGGAAGUGCUCCACCAUUCAAAGCCUGACAAGUAUCAGCUCCACCUGCACGAAAGCUGUGUCCUUUCCCUCAAGUUUGCCUACUGCGGUAAAUGGUUCGUAAGCACCGGGAAGGACAAUCUGUUGAAUGCUUGGAGGACUCCUUAUGGCGCCAGCAUAUUCCAGUCCAAGGAGUCCUCAUCUGUCCUGAGCUGUGACAUUUCUGCAGACGACAAGUACAUCGUGACAGGCUCUGGUGACAAGAAGGCCACUGUGUAUGAAGUGAUCUAUUAGAAGAGACUGCUUUGGAUCGGAGCAUGCUCAUGCUCAGGAACAGUAGACACUUCCUCCAUCCUCCUUCCCUCACACAGACAGCAUGGAUGUUGCCUGCAGCUCCAAGGUGGAUGGGCAGGAAGUUUGGCAGUGCCAGACGAAAAUGGAUGGUGGUGUUAUUGUGGCACUGGAUGCUGUGUCCUUCGGCUCUGCCCUUCCUCACUCAUACAACUAACACUUGUACAGCGAGUGCAGUUUCCCAAGGCACCAAGAAGAAAAUAAUGUCUUGCUGUUUCUGUUUGUUGGAUAUUUCUUUUUUUAUUCGUCCUUUUUAAUGUGGAGAUAAAGUUCCAUGACACAAGUAGAAGCGGCGCUUCGCUCUGGAGCUUCUCCUUGGAGGUCCUGUGAAAAGUGUACAUAAUGGAGUAAUAAAAGGCCUUUUAUAGAUUUAUAUUUUGGUGUCCAGUUACGCUUGUGAUGGUUCUUUCUUGUUCUCUCCGUGAUUUUCUGUCCCCUCCGGGGAUGGAAAUUAGAUUAGGACUUUGUAAGAGGAUAUUCUAUUUCAGUUUUUUCCCCCUCCUCGGCUUUUUUUUUUUUUUUUUCCAUGUUCCUUGUCCAAAAUGACCUUUUCGGAAAUCUAAUUUGUUUUUGUUUUUUUCUCCCUGACAAAGGCUUUUUUUUUCUUCGCUAUUUGCUGUAUCACAGACAUUUGUCCCAUGGAUUUUUGCAGUCGAGAAUUCUGGAAAGGCUUUUUUUUUCUGUAGGGAGGAAAAAAAUCAUGGUUUCCAGUUAUGUUUACCCUUUUGACCCUGAUCAGCAGAAUUUCAGCUUUGAAAUGAAGACCUUUCACUGAACCCUGGCUCCUGUCUAUAACAUCAAAAUGGAUUUAUAUCAACUGUCGGAUUGAUGGGUUUUACAGAGAAGCAGCUGUGACUUGAGCUCACUCUGUUGACUCAACCACUGUAUGAAACCUUUGCUCCACUCUGCAAAGUUUAGCCAUCAGUCUAUUAGAGAUCGUUAUUGCCGCUUGUGUUUGCGAGCCUGUGACUGAUACGCAAGACUUGGUUACUCAUAAAGGACGCAGGCAACGCCAUUACCACAUUCGACAUUUUGGGUGUAUUCUUUGCUUUCUUCAGUAUUUCAUAAUAUUCACUACAAUCUUCUCAUAGACGGGAAUGGUCUCAUCAUAAACACAAGUUAAGACUGUGUAGCAUACAUGUGGCAUCAUCCAUAAGGACUGUACAGCUGACAGUUGUUGAUAAAUCAAUAAACUGUUUUAUAUAAAAUUUA